AACAGGAAGAAAACUCUGAAGAUUGCGCUACAAUGGAGGCGACUGUGUUUAUCCUAUCGCUUGUAGACUGUUGUGCACUGAUUUUUCUUUCGGUUUACUUUAUUAUCACGCUAUCUGAUCUAGAAUGUGACUACAUUAAUGCCCGAGCAUGCUGCUCCAAGCUGAACAAAUGGGUAAUUCCAGAGAUGGUUGGUCAGUGUCUCUCUAUGAUGCUCAUGCUGGUUUCCAUGCACUGGUUCAUUUUCCUGCUCAACUUGCCUGUAGCAGCCUGGAACAUCUACAGAUAUGUGAAGAUUCCUAUGGGAAACAUGGGUGUGUUUGACCCAACUGAGAUCCACAACAGGGGUCUGCUUAAAUCGUACAUGAAGGAGGCCAUGAUUAAAUUAGGAUACCACCUGCUCUGCUUCUUCAUUUAUUUAUACAGCAUGAUCCUGGCUCUGAUCAAUGACUGAGGCCCUCAACAGAGUGACCACCCUCACAUCUGUACUGUUUGGAUGAAAUGUCUCAGAACACUGUUGAUUUGUGUUGUCAGGAUCCAGGGUUUGCAGUUUGAUACAGUUAUGUGGUUAAUAUUUAACCAUUCAGUGCUUAACACUUUCAAAGUAGCCAAAAAUGUCUUUUUGUAUGGUAAAGAACCCUAUAUUAUUUUUGUCAAUACUUUUUUGACAUGAGGGCAAUCACAUUUGCUUUUCAUUGUUGUGAUUUUUUUUGUCUGUGCUUCAAUUAGCUGAAACAAAAAAUGUAAGACAUAGUCAAUUACAAAACAUUACUAAUAAGUAAUGCAUACAACUGAUCCACUUAGCCUACUUUAUGUAGUUUCAUUUACAUACAAUGCUCAACAUAUGAAACAUCAGCCUGACAGAAAGAUCCUGCAGUGAUCACAGUUGCAAGUAGAAACUGUUGAACAGCUCACUUUAUUUGCAAUAACCCCAAUUAAAUAUGAGAUAUGGUCUACUGCUAAAAAAUCCUUUGGACUCUGUUCAUAGGGCAAGACCAGGUAUUUGUAUGACCAGGUUAAGGUUUUUAAUGUUUCUUAUCAAAACCCAGUGAUGUAAAAACAAAAAGAAAUGCCUAUAUGGUUUUUGCUAUAAGAUACAAAAUUAUUAAAUUGAAAAUUGAACAUUUAUGGUCAACAGCUCAGCAAAAAUGUCACUUAGUUUGAUUUUCAUUUGCCUUUGGAAAACCAUGUUUUUAUGUUUCUGGCUGCACCCUACUAUUGCUUUUUGGAACUCUAGUUGGCGCUGUUUUCCCUCUGUAACUCAAUUUGCUUUCAAAAAAGAAUGUGCUUUGUUAAUGGCUCAAGUUUGCUUGAAUAGUGUAAAUAAAGAAAUAAAAACUAGGUAUCUGUCAA